CCCGCCGCCCGGGGACCCGGCGAGGGGGCGGGGGCAGCCCCGAACCGGUCCCGGGACCGGCCCCGCUCCGGUCUCACGCGCUUUCCACGAAGUUUACCCUCCUCGCGCUCCGCCGCGCUGCUCGGGGAGCCCUGCGGUCUACGAGGGUUUCCCCUACAGCCCCUGCUGUGUGGCCAGGCCCCAAGUGUAGGAUGGGGCUCCCCGUUCAAGGGCCGGUGGCAGCCAGAGCUGAUACAACCCCCUUGGUCUGGAGCCAGGACGCCAGUUGAGGAAGGCAGGAGUGUCUGGAACUAUGGCUGGAGCCUCGGUGAAAGUGGCAGUGAGGGUUCGGCCCUUCAAUGCCCGUGAGACCAGCCAGGAUGCCAAGUGUGUGGUCAGCAUGCAGGGCAAUACCACCUCCAUCAUCAAUCCCAAACAGAACAAGGAUGCCCCUAAAAGCUUCACCUUCGACUAUUCCUAUUGGUCACACACUUCGGCUGAGGACCCACAGUUUGCAUCUCAGCAGCAGGUGUAUCGAGACAUUGGGGAGGAGAUGCUGCUCCAUGCCUUUGAAGGUUACAAUGUCUGCAUCUUUGCCUACGGACAGACAGGAGCUGGGAAGUCCUACACCAUGAUGGGGCGUCAGGAGCCAGGGCAGCAGGGUAUUGUGCCUCAGCUUUGUGAGGACCUCUUCUCUCGUGUUAAUGAGAACCAGAGCGCUCAGCUCUCCUUUUCUGUGGAGGUGAGCUAUAUGGAGAUCUAUUGUGAGCGGGUACGUGACCUCUUGAAUCCUAAGAGUCGGGGUUCUCUCCGGGUCCGGGAGCACCCCAUCCUGGGCCCCUAUGUGCAGGACCUCUCUAAGCUGGCUGUGACCUCCUAUGCAGACAUUGCUGACCUCAUGGACUGUGGAAAUAAGGCACGGACUGUGGCUGCCACCAACAUGAAUGAAACCAGCAGCCGUUCCCAUGCUGUCUUCACCAUCGUCUUCACACAGCGCUCUCAUGACCAACUCACUGGACUGGACUCAGAGAAGGUCAGUAAGAUCAGUUUGGUGGACCUUGCUGGGAGCGAGCGGGCUGACUCCUCAGGAGCCCGGGGCAUGCGUCUGAAGGAAGGUGCCAACAUUAAUAAGUCCCUGACUACUCUAGGGAAGGUGAUCUCAGCCCUUGCAGAUAUGCAAUCAAAGAAGCGCAAGUCGGAUUUUAUCCCUUACAGGGACUCUGUACUCACCUGGCUGCUCAAGGAGAAUUUGGGUGGGAACUCGCGCACAGCAAUGAUUGCAGCUCUGAGUCCUGCUGACAUCAAUUAUGAAGAGACGCUCAGCACCCUCAGGUAUGCUGACCGCACUAAGCAAAUCCGCUGCAAUGCUGUCAUCAAUGAGGACCCGAAUGCUCGGCUGAUCCGAGAAUUACAGGAGGAGGUGGCCCGGCUGCGGGAGCUGCUGAUGGCUCAGGGCCUCUCAGCCUCUGCUCUUGGAGGUCUGAAAGUGGAAGAGGGGAGUCCUGGUGGUGUUCUGCCAACCGUUUCCAACCCCCCUACCCCAGCUUUACCGUCAUCUCCCCCUGCCCAUAAUGGGGAGCUAGAGCCCUCAUUUUCUCCCAAUGCUGAGCCCCAGAUUGGGCCUGAGGAGGCCAUGGAGAGACUGCAGGAGACAGAGAAGAUUAUAGCUGAGCUGAAUGAGACCUGGGAGGAGAAACUGCGCAAGACGGAAGCCCUAAGAAUGGAAAGGGAAGCAUUGCUGGCUGAGAUGGGGGUAGCCGUCCGGGAGGAUGGGGGAACUGUGGGUGUCUUCUCUCCAAAGAAGAUGAGGGAGAAGGGUCAUACAACCUGGCCAGUUGGCCAGUUAGAUGUGGACAUCAAGCUGACCGGACAGUUCAUCCAGGAACAACACUGUGUGUUCCGAAGCCUUCCUCAGCCAGAUGGAGAAGUGGUGGUCACCUUGGAGCCUUGUGAAGGAGCAGAGACGUAUGUCAAUGGGAAGCUUGUGACGGAGCCGCUGGUGCUAAAGUCAGGGAAUAGGAUCGUAAUGGGCAAGAACCAUGUUUUCCGCUUCAAUCAUCCGGAGCAGGCACGCCUGGAGCGGGAACGAGGGGUUCCCCCACCCCCAGGACCGCCCUCUGAGCCUGUUGACUGGAACUUUGCUCAGAAGGAACUGUUGGAGCAGCAAGGAAUUGACAUCAAGCUGGAGAUGGAGAAGAGGCUACAGGAUCUGGAGAAUCAGUACCGGAAAGAAAAGGAAGAGGCCGACCUUCUAUUAGAGCAGCAGCGGCUGUAUGCAGACUCUGACAGUGGGGAUGACUCUGACAAGCGAUCCUGUGAAGAGAGCUGGCGACUGAUCUCCUCCUUGCGGGAGCAGCUGCCCCCUACCACUGUCCAGACCAUUGUCAAGCGCUGUGGCCUGCCCAGCAGUGGCAAGCGCAGGGCUCCCCGCAGGGUUUACCAGAUCCCCCAGCGUAGGCGGCUACAAGGCAAAGACCCCCGCUGGGCCACCAUGGCUGACUUGAAGAUGCAAGCUGUCAAGGAGAUAUGCUAUGAGGUGGCCCUGGCUGAUUUCCGCCAUGGUCGUGCUGAAAUCGAGGCCCUGGCUGCCCUCAAGAUGCGGGAGCUGUGUCGCACCUAUGGCAAGCCCGAAGGGCCUGGAGAUGCCUGGAAGGCCGUGGCCCGGGAUGUUUGGGACACAGUGGGAGAGGAGGAAGGAGGCGGAGGUGGCAGUGGUGGAGCAGAGGAAGGAGCCCGAGGUGCAGAGGUCGAGGACCUCCGGGCUCACAUCGACAAGCUGACAGGGAUUCUGCAGGAGGUGAAGCUGCAGAACAGCACCAAGGACCGUGAGCUGCAGGCCCUGCGGGACCGCAUGCUCCGCAUGGAGAGAGUCAUCCCCUUGGCCCAGGAUCAUGAAGAUGACAGUGAAGAAGCUGGUGAGAUCACCUGGGCUCCAGCUGAAGGGUCCGAGGCAGUAGAAGAGGCAGUGCCCAGUGACCGUUCGUCCUCUGCCCAGCCCCCCACACCCCCUGUGUCCAGUUGGGAGCGGGUAUCGAGGCUGAUGGAGGAGGACCCUGCCUUCCGCCGUGGCCGUCUUCGCUGGCUCAAGCAGGAGCAGCUGCGGCUGCAGGGACUGCAGGGCUCUGGGGGGCGGGGAGGGGGGCUGCGCAGGCCCCCAGCUCGCUUUGUGCCCCCUCAUGACUGUAAGCUCCGCUUCCCCUUCAAGAGCAACCCUCAGCACCGGGAGUCUUGGCCAGGAAUGGGGAGCGGAGAGGCCCCAGCUCCACCCCAGCCCCCUGAAGAGGUCACUCCCCCUCCCGCUGCCCCUGCUCGAAGGCCUCCAAGUCCCCGCAGGUCCCACCGUCCUCGCAGGAACUCCCUGGAUGGAGGGGCCCGAUCUCGGGGAGGGGGUUCCACACAGCCCGAGCCCCACCACUUCCAACCUAAGAAGCACAACUAUUAUCCCCAGCAGCCCCAACCUUACCCGGCCCAGAGGCCCCCAGGGCCCCGCUAUCCUCCAUACACUACUCCCCCACGGAUGAGACGGCAGCGCUCAGCUCCUGAUCUCAAGGAGAGUGGGACAGCUGUGUGAAUCCUACAUCUUGGACAGAGAGGCCCUGGUGAGGCCUUUGCUGGGAGAGGGAAAGAUGCUUCCCAGAAGCCCUAGGUCAGAGAGGCCAGAGGGGAGAGAGAGAGCGAGAGAAGGUCCGAGCAGGUGAUGGAAGAUAGGGUGACUGAGCUGGAGGCUGAGGGAAGGAACAGGGCACGGAGUUGCCAGGAGCAAACCAAAGUGAAGGAAGAGUCAUGGGAAGCUGCCUUGGGGCCCCCCUUUGCAGGGGGGGAGUCCCACAAACGCUGCUAUGGGUGGGUGGGGCUAGAGGCUGCAUAGCCAGUGUUUGACUUUAUUUUUGAGUGGGUGCAAAGGGGAGAGAACUGAGAGGAGAGUUCUCCCCAGCCUGUCUGUCUGUCUAUCUGUGGUGGGUUUCUGUUUCCAGGGAGGUGUGGUAGGAUCUUAAGUCAUUCCCCUCCCCUUCCAGGCCUCCUGCUGUAUUUAGGGGGACCUGUGUGGUUUGGCUGGAGUCCCAUAAGGAUGUGGGACCCCUUAAUAAAAGUUAGCAAGCAGGGU